AUGGACCUUCACUACCCUUAUAUUUCGCUACGACACCACGCGGCUGAUGGAAGUGGGGUGGGCUUUGAGGGUGGGGGCGGGGAGGGGUUUGUCACGCCAGCAGGAAAUGGCGUGAGCGUUCCUUUCAGGGGCAAAUCCCUCCCAUCUUCUCUGCAAUCUAAACUAGGAACAAAAUCUCCUCUACCUAACACCCAGUGCAGGGAGCUCUGCUUGGCUAAACCUACUAUUGUACAGUUGUAG